AUGGGAAGAGCUCCAUGCUGCGAGAAGAUGGGGUUAAAGAGAGGCCCAUGGACUCCUGAAGAAGAUCAAAUCUUGAUCUCUUUUAUCAUCAAACAUGGCCAUAGUAACUGGCGAGCUCUCCCUAAGCAAGCUGGUCUCUUGAGAUGUGGGAAAAGCUGUAGACUUAGGUGGAUGAACUAUCUAAAACCUGACAUUAAAAGAGGCAAUUUCACUAAAGAAGAGGAGGAUGCUAUCAUCAGCUUGCACCAAAUCCUUGGCAAUAGGUGGUCAGCGAUUGCAGCAAAAUUACCAGGAAGAACGGAUAACGAAAUCAAGAACGUAUGGCACACUCACUUAAAGAAAAGACUUGAAGAUUACCAACCUGCUAAACCUAAAACCAGCAACACAAAGAAGGGUACUAUACCGAAAUCUCAAUCCGUGAUAACGAAAUCUAACAGCAUGAGUAGCGAAUCGGAUCUUGCAAAUUCACCAAACCCUUCUUUAGAAAGCGUGUUCUCCGCGUCACCUUCGACAAGUGAGGUUUCUUCGGUGACACUCAUGAGCCACGAAGGCCAUAGCAACGAGGCUAAGGUGGAUAAUAAGUCGGGAAACAUAAGUACUAUCCAUCAAGAUUGUUGUUCUUUCGAAAAUUUUGGUGUAGACAUCGACGAGAGCUUCUGGAACGAGGCGCUUUAUAGUCAAGAUGAACAAAACUACGCAACGAAUCUUGAAGUGACCGGUGUAGAUGAGAUACAACAAGAGUUUCAGCACUUAGGAUCCGUUGAUAAUGAGAUGAUUUUCGGCAGCGAAAUGGACUUUUGGUUCGAUGUAUUGGCAAGAACCGGCGGGGAACAAGAUCUUUUAGCUGGGCUCUAA